AUGGUUGGUACCGAGCACAAAUUGGGUUCACCCCUGGUAUUGUUUGAGCUUCUGGCAAUACGUCCGUGCUUGGUGAUGCUCAUAUCAUUAACCUUGUGCCACCUCAUCCUCUUCUCUUGGGGAACCUUGGUGACCUCACAUGCUCCAUGUCCAAAACCCCAGGAUAUUUCCCCCUGCACUUGCUCGUACUCCGAGGAGUCGCAAGAAGUGAAUGUGGAUUGCUCGGGUGCAAUAACUAGUCAAAGUAUCCUCGACGCAUUCAGCAAUGCAUACUGGCCCUCCAUCCAACUCACGAAGUUCCGACUCAGUGAAAACGAUAAGGUGCUGACCCUACCAGACGGAGUUUUUGGGAACAUCACCUUCCAAAGAAUACAUGCAUAUCAAACAAAAAUGAGAACCAUCAACGCGACGACCUUCAAGUCAUCGAGAAGCAGACUUCAGUCACUGAACAUUUGGAACAGUCGGUUGGAGGAUUUUCCGUUCGCCAUCCUUCCUGAAUUGACUCAGCUGAAGAUCUUGGAUCUCCAUGGGAAUGCCUUGGAAACAGUGCCAGCCCUAGAAAGCGAAAGUCUCCAGGAACUCUACCUGUAUGACAAUCAAAUAGUGACAUUUCAAGGAAAAUUGACCAUUCCAAACUUGAAGAGUCUGAAUAUCGGUGGAAAUCCCAUAUCCAAGCUCCCCUCUGACUUCUUUGAGGACUUGGAGAACCUAGAGGUGUUUUGGUGUCCAUCGUGCAAAUUAGGACCGAUUUUAACGUCCAGGACAUUCCAGUUUCACAGUCCUGUCCUAAGAGAAGUGGGACUUUUCUUCAACACCAUUUCAAGACUUGAACCAAGAGCCAUCACAGGUCUAACCAUGAACACGUCAGUUGAGCUAUGGAGCAACCAGAUCGACAGUUUAGAGGAAAAGUCAUUUCGCCCGAUGCUGAAAGAACUCUCGAAGGGAAAUGGGUAUAUAAGUUUAUUUGGAAAUCCAACCCGCUGCGAUUGCAGUGUCGCCUGGCUCAUCUCCAGUCCAGACCUCCUAAAAAGCGUGAAGGAUGCAUACUGCUUAGAUGGGACUGCUUUUACCGAUUUCGAUGUAACAUUAUUUAAAAGGUGUCGCCUUUGUGAGCAUGAGUGCGUCGAUCCUAAGCAAGCUUCUUUAUGCUCACCCGGAACAACAACACCCUCAAGACCUCACGAUUGUCGUCCCGAGGAAUCGUGUUGCAAGCCUAAGAUCCCAAAAGAGAAUCCUCCAAAAUGCGGUAGCAAGAGGAAUGUGCAUUCUUCGGGCGCGGCCAACACGUCCAUGGAUCAAACGCCAUUCAACUUCGAUGAGUGGCCAUGGCAAGUAGCCAUCUAUAGCGUGAACGAACAGUCGAUCAUUUGUGGAGGAGCUCUCAUUCGGGAGAAGUGGGUCCUCACUUCAGCUGGAUGCUUAAAUAAGUUUCAGGACCCCAGGAUACUCUUCGUCCGUCUCGAGAAACUUCAUUCGAAUGAAUCCAGGGACGACCAGUCCAUGGAGCCAAUGAAAGUGUCCAAGAUAAUCCUGCAUGAUGACUUCAAUGCGGAGAACUAUGACUCAAACGUCGCAUUGUUAAAGUUGAGGAAGAGAGCGGAAUUGUCUCAACGGGUUCAGUUAGUUUGUCUUCCAAGCGAACCUUGGGUUAACCUCAAGGAGGGAACUCGAGGAUGGGUGGUGAAUUGGCGCUUGAAUGGCACGACUGAGGAGAUGGUGGUGUCGAAGUGUCAUCAGGAUACCGCACAUCCAAUUACAAGGGCCACGUCGGAUAAGGUGUUCUGUUCCACUAACAACUCGAAGAAUUCUGACAGUGGUUUGCUCUUCUUCCACUUUGACAAGUAG